AUGGUCUUCAAACCGUUCACCACGCUAGCUCGUCAGAGCAUCUCAAAGCACCUCGUCAACGGAUACGCCCAAUCCGUUGUUGCCGCCACCCAAUCCUCAUAUGCCUCGUCGACCGUCCAGCUUUCGCGACUCAGUGGGAGUAGCGGCCAGUCGAAUGCGCCGACACGCCUCAACACCGCCUUCCGUACCAGCGAUGUCUUGAAUACCUACCAUGAGGACAAGGACAAGGACAGUAAAAAGUACUUGUUCUCGAAAAAGAUCCUGUGGUCAAAGGCACAGCACCAGCAGAAGCAGUUACUAGAGAUCGAGGCGGACCCCGUUAAGUCGCGGUCUGGAUCAUUGGUAACGGCAGAUGCGGUGCCACCGCUAUUGGAGGUACCUGAGGAGGGCGCAUUCGUAGAGGAGGUCUUUGAGGAGGAGGUCGCAAUUGCGGCCGCGGAGGCUCAGGAGGUCCCGCAGCCGGAGAAGGCGGCGGAACUGGCGGCGCCAGUGGUGGAGGAGGAGGCCUUUGUGCCACCUGCUUCCCCGGUGGUAUCCCCGGAGACUACGCUGUAUAACCAACAACUGCAGGGCCUGCUAUCCCAGGGAAAGCACCAUGAACUCACUGCGCUUUUCCAGCUCAUGAUCAAGGAGGGUGUUCAGCCCAGCGCAGCAACCUACAAUCUUCUCCUUGCCGCCGUCGUAGAGACAAACACCGUCGGCGUCACACAGGUCAUCAAUGUGUACAAGGACAUGCUUGCGCGGGGUAUUCUACCGAGUACUGUCACAUACUCAAUCCUCAUCGACUUCCUCGCCACAAAUGCCAAGACCUCACUUCACUUCGCCAAGGGCAUCAUGGCCGACCAAGCCAGGUUUGGCUUCGUCGUUCCCUCCCGCAUGGCAGAGCUAAAGGAGAUACAGAGUCAGGCUCCGAUGGAACUGGCGCUGGAUAUCUUCUAUGCAAGCACCGAGGUCCGCAAGGAGCGGGUGUUUCCAGAAUCCACCUAUGCUGUGCUUGCAGAUGCGUGCGCAGAACACGUUCGGGAGGAGGACAUGCUCAAGGUCUACACGCACAUGGAGCAGCGCAAUGUUCUCCCCAGCGUCGAUAUCAUGCUCUCGCUCAUCAAGGGCUUUGGAAAGACAGGAAACAUGAGCGCCGCGAUCGAGACUUACAACCAAUACCGGACAUCUGAGCUCGCGCAGCGACCUGGUGCAGUUGAUGAGCGGUUCCGUGUUUACAAGACCCUAAUUGUAGCCUACAUGGACGCCGACGACGCCGCCGGCGCGCUUUCGUUCCUCGAGAAGAUCAUGGAUGCCAGCACAGAUCAGGUACGUUCCGAGAAACUGGCCGAUGCGGUCGUUCAGGGUUUCUUGGAGCGGGAAAACAUUGAAGCAGCUCGAGAAUGGAUUCUCUCGCGUAACAUGAGGGCAUCUGACUUCAUGAGCCUCUCCAGAACUCUCAUUGCUGUUUCUGACUUGGGCGACAUUGAUCUUGCUAGUAAGUUAUACGUAGAAUUCAAUGCCCAUGUCCGAAGUCUUGGCAUCAGCCACCCCGCCACAGCAAUUGCUCAGAUGGCGUUCCUUGCGCUAUGUGUGAAGACGGGUAGGGUUGAGAGCGCACGGGGCGUCUGGGGCGACCUAGCCGACCGUGCUCUUUCUAGCGGGCCUGACGUAGAGGCCGCUACACUCUACACUGUCAUGCUGUUUGAGAACGGACUUACGAACGAAGCAUUAGUUGUGCUCAAGCAAUUUAUCGACCUCUAUCUGGAACGCCCCUUCGGUGCGCCACUAAUGCUUAGAAGGAACUAUUUACAGCAGACUUGCGAGCAUCUGGUUUUGUCCAUCUCUCGGACGGGAUUCUUGACACCAAGCAUCGCAUUGGAUCUGUGUGGGUUCAACAUGGUUCAUUGUGGGCAGUUGGGACUGGAGGCAUCCAGAACUGUCAUGAAACUGUUUGGUGCUGAGAGGAUAUUGGGACUGACAAUGCCACAAUUGGAUCUAUUGUUGCGGGUUCAGUCAGGUGUUCUGGUAGAGGUGAAAACAAAAGGAUUUGAGCAACUGCCUGAGGAUGUCAAGAGGUUUGAGCAGAUGCUUUCUGUUGCGAUGAAGGCCAAUAUUCCGCUAAAUCCUACCUUGAAGGGCUCCAUUGACCAGGCAGUGAUGGCACUUGGUGAUCCUACCGAGAAGUGGAAUGCAUUUGUUCAGGCUCAAACUGUUUGGGAAUCUCUGCCACAUUCACCCGUUCAUUCUACAGAGAUGAGUGGCUCCCCUACACUGGUUGCCAGCGAGGGCGAGACCAUUCCGGAGGACAACUUUGAUCCGUACUGGGUCAAGACCGAUGUCAAGGUGUCGCAGGCUAUCGACAAUGCUCUUGAGGGAGCAAGGACUACCAGACCAAGGCUAUCAGACGCAAAGCGCAUGUACCAGCAGACCCGCCGAGCAGGAAGACUUGUCCGCAUGACAACCCUCGCAAGAAUGGUUGCCGCUGCUGCCAGCUCAAAUCAACCAGACUUCAUGUACGAGAUCUACCGAAAUGCGAAGAACGACACCCCAUUGCUCAUGGAAUACCGCUCCGUCCGAUAUGUCUGGUGUGUUCUACUCGAUGCCAUGGUCGCCGGCCACCUCACCCUUGGAAACCGCCAACAGGCAUCCGUAUAUCACGAGGAGAUGUUGAAGAUGGGCGCAUCGCCUUCCGCAAACACUUACGGGCUGUACAUAGUAUCUCUCAAGGGCUCCGACCAGACUUACGACGAGGCCUCUGAGGCACUUAAGAUCUUUGAGCGCGCCAAGUCCGAAAAUGUAGUCCCUAGCUCUUUCCUUUACAACGUUCUCAUCGGAAAACUUGCAAAGGCCCGCCGCGUCGACGACUGUCUCUUUUACUUUGCUGAGAUGCGCGCUCUUGGAAUCAAGCCCACUAGUGUCACCUACGGAACCAUGAUCAAUGCCUUGACCCGUGUCGGUGACGAACACUUCGCCGAGGAACUCUUCCAGGAGAUGGAGGCAAUGCCGAACUACAAGCCCCGCCCCGCUCCGUACAACUCCCUCAUCCAGUUCUUCGUCAACACCAAGCGCGACCGCACUAAGGCGAUGGCCUAUUUCAACCGUAUGAUGUCGCUCGGCAUUGAACCCACCGGUCACACCUACAAGCUCCUCAUCGAAGCCUACGCUACACUUGACCCGCCAGACAUGCUUGCCGCCGAGGGUAUCCUCGAGAUGAUCCGUGCCAAUGGGCAGACUGUUGAGACCUCCCACCACGCUGCACUCAUCCACGCCAAGGGUUGCAUCCUACACGACCUCGAUUCCGCCAUCGCUCACUUUACCGCCAUCACUGAGAGCGGUAGUGUAGCACCCGAUAACACGAUCUACCAGGCGCUCCUCGAGUCGCUGGUCGCUAAUCACCGUGUUAAGGACACUCCUGCCUGGAUUGCGGACAUGAAACGUAGGGGAAUCAGGAUGACACCUUAUAUCGCCAACACUUUAAUCCACGGAUGGGCAACGGAGAAGGACAUCGUAAGAGCGAAGGCGGUGUAUGACUCGCUGAGCAACAACGAGAACGACAGACUAAAGAGGGAGCCGAGUACGUACGAGGCAAUGACAAGAGCGUACUUGGCGGUUGAAGAUAGAGAAGGUGCGAUGAGGGUUGUGGAAGAGAUGGGCAGCAGGGGAUAUCCCCAUGCGGUUACUGUGAAGGUUGCUGAGUUGGUUAGAGGGAGGGAGGUUUCUGCCAUCGCUACGGUUUAG